UGGAGGAUGGUUUCUAGGCGGUAGUCAGCCCGGUGAGGCGUCGGAUGGAAAAAAAGCUGCUCGCUCCCGACUUUCGUGGGAUGGCGGACCGCGGCGUCCUCUCCUCGGAGCAUCUGGAGCGGCUGCACGAGAUUUUUCGCGGCCUCCAUGGAGAGUUGCAAAGCGCCCCGGAGAGGCUGCGCGGGAGCCUGUCGGUUGAGGAGAAAAAAAAGUUAAUGCGAGAGUUUGAUGAAAAACUAAAAGAGGCAAAUGAAACGUUAAGGGAAAUGGAAGAAGAACUGAAAUAUGCCCCAGUGUCCUUCCGCAAUCAAAUGAUGAUUAAAAUUCGAACUUACAAAGGAGAUCUUAGCACAUUUCAUAGGAAAAUGAAAAGUACGGAUUUGGGAGUACCUCCAAGUGCACGUGGGAAUUCAAAAUUUGGCAUCUUCUCUACGGAAAAUGAGCAGAGAACUCAGAUGCAGUCUCAGAGGGUGUUACUGCUUCAGGGAACAGAAAGCUUGAAUCGAGCCACUCAGAGCUUGGACCGGACACACCAAAUUGCUGCAGAAACUGAUCAAAUUGGUAGUGACAUCAUUGAAGAACUAGGUGGGCAGCGUGAGCAGCUGGAGCGCACCAAAGGCAGAUUAGUAAACACAAAUGAAAAUUUAAGCAGAAGCCGGAAGAUCCUACGUUCCAUGUCGAGAAGGCUUAUGACAAAUAAAUUGUUACUCUCUGUCAUCAUCAUCCUGGAGGUAAUUAUCCUGGGAGGUCUUGUCUACUAUAAGUUCUUCACCUAAGCCUC